CAAAGAUGAAGACGAAGAAGAAGAACUGACAGAUUAUACUCGGCUAUUAAACAAGAAAAAGUAAUAAGAUACACGCAUGCUUAAUACCCCCAUUAUUCAUUCUUUAGACUCAAACGCAAUCAAAAACACGAAUCAACCAUCGACCCCGAACGUGGUCAAGAUGCCUUAUUUGAAUGUCUCAACAUGCCUUCCAUUCUUCAAAAAUCAGCUUGUCGUGGCACUCUCACUUCCACAGGAUGGACCAAGAUCACAGUUAACAAGGGAACCCAUUUACACACGGUUGGAUUCAGUCAUCAGCGCGAGACUAUGCUCUAUCCAGAAGAAGCUGCCUUCUUGAUCUCUCGUAAUGCACUCAUGGUCACCGACAAAGACAACCAUCCAAUAUCAUUUGAAGAUAUGUGUAUGGUUAUGGAUCAAGAUCCUUGGUUGACCCUAGACAAGUAUUGGGUCUAUGCGUAUCUCAAACGACUAGGUUAUAUCGUCUUGAGAUCCAAACCUAUCGUAACCCAAGGACACAAAAUGGAACAUAUGAUCAAAAGAGUAAAGGGUCCACUUGUUUGGAACUAUGCGUGUCGAAAUUAUGAUCAGGUAUAUUCUACCCUUUCUAUUGUGCUACGAAACCCUUGGUACAAGCCAUUUGAUCACUGGUUGAUGGAUUGGGAUGUAUAUAAACCAAGACCGACUUGGAAAAAGAAAGAUCCUGGUCCUCCUGACUUUCGAAUCUUGGUCAACAAUGCUCGUGAUCCAAUGCCAACAAUAGACACAUUCAAUGCAUUGUUCUCGAGUGACACAGAGCAGAUGAUAGCAUUGGUAGGUGACGCAGAAGGAGUUGUAUUUCUCAAGACCGAAGGAACAACAUAAUUUAUUAUGGGAAAUGCAGAGAUGUAAAUACAUAUAAAUGU